UCUCCCUCAGCUUGUGCAGCUCCACCCACCUGCAGAUAAAAUCAAACCCUCACAGAGUUGCUGUUCACCAGUUGUUCCAAACUCCUCAACGGUCUGAGAUACUUCCACCCUGCAGCAGCAGUACGUACCUGAAAAGUUGGAGCAAGAAGGCUGGAAAGAAACAGGACUCCCUCAACUUCAGCAGGAGAAAGGGGUGUUACCAUUGGUGGAAUAAAACAGAAGCAAAUAAUUCACUGAACUGUGCGCAUAGAUCAGCUCAAUGGAUCAGACUGCGCGCUACUCCUUCCUUCUGCUCCAGCGCUGAGUAUUGGAGCAGAGCAGGGUGGAGACGCACACUGCCCCAGCACUAAGCAGGCUCCAGGGGUGGAGAACGCAGGAGUUCAGAAAAAGAUGGCUGUACCGCUCCAACUUUUGCACUUAUACAUCAUGGUGGUCCAGCUCUGUUUAUUGCGACGAGUGCAUUGUGGUGUGUAUUACGGACAGAAGCAGCCUCCUCAGCAGAACCAGCCUGUGCCCCAGCACAAUGAUGGCUAUCCUCAGCAGUAUUUAGGGAAUGAGAUGCCACAUCUGCCUUAUGGCAAAGAAAAUUCAAUGCUGCCUCAGUAUGGAAAGGAGCGCCCCCAUCUGCCUUUGCAAAUGCUGAAGGAGAGGCCACUGCCUGAGGGCAAAGGACAGACACUGCCCAGAGGGUCAAAGGGUCCACCUUCCACUGGUAUUGGUGGGGAAGGUCUCCUAAAAGGAAUUCAAGGAUCACAGGGUCCCCAAGGACCAAUAGGGCCCCCAGGACCACAAGGCCCCCCUGGAAUACCAGGCCAGGGAUUGCCAGGGUUGCCAGGAAAGCCAGGGCCUCCUGGCCCACAAGGCUACCCAGGAGUAGGAAAACCUGGAAUGCCAGGAUUACCAGGAAAGCACGGUGGUCCCGGAUUGCCAGGUCCAAAAGGUGACUUUGGUCCCAGUGGUGAUGAGGGACCACCUGGACUUCUGGGACCUCCAGGGCUCCCCGGGCCUCCUGGACUUCCAGGGAGUUCCAAACCAGGGGCACAGGGUUUUCCAGGUCAGCCAGGUCCUCUAGGAGAGCCUGGACACAAAGGCUCACCUGGGCCUCCUGGUCUUCCAGGUCCUAAGGGAGAGAAAGGAAUCAGUGUACCUGGUUUACCUGGUUUGAAAGGACCUGCAGGACCACCAGGCCCACCUGGACAGAUUGGAAUGGCUGGGGUGGGUAAACCUGGCUUGAAUGGUCUUCCUGGGCAACCAGGAAUACCAGGCAAACCCGGUCUCCCUGGUGAACCAGGAAUAGCAGGACUACCGGGUGAGAGUGGACAACCAGGACCCUCAGGUUUACCUGGCAUUGGAAAACCAGGAAAAGAUGGUUUCCAGGGACAGCCAGGGCUCAAUGGAGCCAAAGGGGAACUUGGACCUCCUGGUCUACCAGGAAGUCCAGGCUUACCAGGUUAUGGUAAACCAGGUUUUCCAGGACCUAAGGGUCACAAAGGACAUGGUGGACUUCCAGGACCACCAGGUCAGAAAGGUGAUAAAGGCCAUGAAGGCCUUCCAGGGGUCAUCGGUCUCACUGGUCCUAGUGGUAUGCCCGGUCCACCAGGUCCAAUCGGGCCUCCUGGUGUCCUUGGUUUUCCAGGGCAAAAGGGAGAAUAUGGUUUUGGGGGACGACAAGGACAUCAAGGGUUAAAGGGUGAUUUAGGUCCUCAGGGACUUCCAGGUAAACCAGGAUUGCCAGGAGAGAGUGGGCUGCCAGGACCCAGAGGUAUACCAGGGCACGUAGGCCCGAAAGGAGAACCUGGAAUUAGGGGCUUACCUGGGCUACAUGGUGCUUCAGCUUUAACAGGUCAAAAGGGAGAAGGAGGACAACCUGGUGCGAGAGGCCAGCAGGGACCACAAGGAAUUCCUGGACUUCCUGGACCAGGGGGAGUAAUCGGUCCUCCUGGACUUCCCGGGCAAAAAGGUGAAAUGGGCCCACCUGGUAAACCUGGUUUUCCUGGAGAGGGAAAGCCAGGAUUACUUGGUCCUGUUGGUCCUCAAGGUAAGCCUGGUCCCAGUGGCCCCCCUGGGCUACCAGGGCAACCAGGACAACCUGGACCUCCUGGUCCUCCAGGACUGCCUGCUGUACAUCCUGACCUUGGACAGAUCCUCCCUGUGAUGGGCCCAUACAUUGGCCAAAAACAGGCUUACAAAACGACAAAGUAUGGAGGGGAUUCUGGGGUGAAUAGCCCAGAGGUUCCUGCAUUCACUGCCACUCUGACAAAUCCCUUCCCUCCUGUUGGCUCUCCGGUUGUUUUUGACAAAAUUCUGCACAACAGUAAUCAGGACUACAGUCCUCAAAAUGGUGUUUUCACCUGUAGCAUACCUGGGAUUUAUUACUUUGCUUACCACGUGCACUGCAAGGGUGGUAACAUGUGGGUGGCACUUAUGAAGAACAAUGAGCCAGUAAUGUACACAUACGAUGAAUGCACAAAGGGCUUAUUGGACCAGGCAUCAGGAAGUGCUGUUCUGCCAUUACGUAAUGGAAACACUGUCCAUAUACAGCUACCAUCUGAUCAGGCAGCAGGACUUUACGCUGGUCAGUAUGUCCAUUCCACAUUUUCUGGAUAUUUAUUGUAUACAAUGUAAGAAAUGUGCACAAAAAAGCAGAGAUGAAUGAUUUUCUGAUGGUAAAUGUUACCCUAAUGAUGGUCAAACUGUUUUAAGGUGCAGUGUGUAGUAGUUGGACAAUGACAAAAUUUUGGUUGCUUUAGCUAUCACAGUGUAUUAGAGGUGAAAAGCAAGUAAUGAAUAUGAUAUUACAUUGCAGACCGCAAGCUUUAAUUUGACUGUAAUUACAUUCAAAAGAGGUAAACUGUAUGUGAACUACAGCACCUUUUUUGAGUGGGCCAUCACUUUUAGUGGCUCACAAGUACCUUCUUAAUUAUUGAUUAACUAAACUCCAAGGGACAUGUAACACUUGAAAUGUAUUCAACUUUUUUCUGUUGACUUGUUAAUGAAAUAAUGAUCAGGAAACAAUUGCAUGGGCGUGGAAACUGCUGACCAUCCAAUUACUUUUGAUCACUUAAAAUGGGGGACCACACACACAAAAAAAAUGUUUUGGAAUUGAAAGUAAUUAUUUUCAGAUUAAAUGCGACACAGUGCACUCAGAAAGUAUUCACAGUGCUUCACUUUUUGCACAUUUUGUUAUGUUACAACCUUGUUCCAAAAAUGAGUAAAUUCUAUUUUUUUUUUUUUUUGCCUGAAAAUUCU